UGGGUUUUGGUGUCCAAAGUGUGGAGGCCAUCGUCCAAAAAGUAGGUGAUGAUGGGGGUAUAGAUGCCGUCGGGGACAACGGCGACUGGAGAUUCGGGGACAGCUUGGAUCAUGAUAGUAGCGACAGGAUCUUUCUCUUACAAAUCACCACCCAGCCAGAAGCAUAUAUAUAAGUCUACGGCUUUGGUGCCGCUUCAGCCCCGCAAUCGGUUUUGAUGGGGGAUCUGUGGUGGGGGACGCGGCUCCAGUUUGGUGGGGGAGGAGAUUCGAAAAUGAUCUGGGGUACACCUAAAAACUCUGGGGAACUACUAUGAGAUAGCCCGAUACGGUCAUUUCUUCCGAGCAUACUUGUCUUCCAGCGUGGAUAUAGCGUGUCGCUUUUUGGUGGGUCCCAAUAUAAAUAGACGCCUGAUUUUCUCUUUCGUUCAUCAUCAUCUUGGCCAUCUCGACCAACAAACACUUAGCUUCUGCAACUCAUCUCCCAACCAUGAGCAAGGAAGCCUCUUCUAACAAGGAAGUCGCUUCGGUCCAGUUAAAUCUGUUGGAGUCCCAGUCCCAGGAAAGUCACCUCAAGCUUGAGGAUGUCACCCCCAAGUUGGACAAGAUCUGGUUCAGAUACCCAUGGUUAUUCAGACUCAAUUUUCAUCUUGCCGGCUCGGUGUUGGUCUUAGUUGCCGGAGGCUUUGACGGUACUAUGAUGAACAAUUUGCAGUCAUUGCCCAGUUGGAACAAGUACUUUCACAACCCCCAUGGCUCCGACCUUGGAAAGUUGAACAUCGGUACUGCCAUUGGUGGUUUGUGCUGGAUGCCUUUUGCGUUCUUUCUUACUGACAUCCUUGGAAGAAAGAAGUUGAUUAUUCUUGGUAACCUCAUCAUCAUCAUUGGUGCUAUCCUCCAGGGUUGUGCUACUAGUAUUGCAAUGUUUAUUGGUGCCAGAUUUUUGAUUGGUUUCGGAGGUAUUUCCUUAGCUGGUGCCUCUCCUUUGUUAGCUGAAACAGCUUACCCUACUCAAAGACCAGCUCUUACCAGUUUCUUAGCUGCUUCCUUCCCUCUUGGCUCUUUUGCUGCCGCAUUGAUCACCUGGGGACCUUACAAUACCAGCAUGAAAUACAACGACUGGUCCUGGAGAUUGCCUUCUCUCUUGCAGGUUUUCUUUCCUAUUAUCUCUACUAUUGCCGUUUUCUUUGGUCCUGAGUCUCCUAGAUGGUUGAUUUCCAAAGGAAGAGAAGAAGAAGCCUUCAAAGUUUUGACCAAGUACCAUGGUGGUGGUGAUCCUGAUAGUGCUCUUGUCAAAUUCGAACUUUCUGAAAUCAAAGCAGCCAUUGCAAUGGAAAAUGCCAACACCAAAAACAAGUGGCUUGAAUGGUUCAGAACUCCUGCCAACAGACACAGGUUGGGGAUUAUUAUGGGUUUACCAGUGAUGAUGCAAUUCUGUGGAAAUGCCUUGAUUUCGUACUACUUAACUAUUAUUUUGAACAACAUUGGAUUCACUAAGACUACUGAUAAGUUGAAAAUUAACAUUGGUUUGACUAUCUAUGGGUUAGUUUGGUCGUACGUUGUUUCAAGUAUUUGUGGUCGCUUUAAGAGAAAAACGUUGAUCAUUACCUCCUACGCUUCCAUGUGUUUCUUCUUCGUGAUUUGGAUCGUGUUGUCAGCUCUUAACCAGCAGAGACAUUUCAAGGACAAAUCUUUGGGAAAUGCUAUUGUUGCCAUCAUAUACUUGUACCAGGGAUGUUACCAUAUCGCAUCCCCCAUUGCCGUUACCUAUGCUAUGGAAAUCUUGCCAUUUACCUUGAGAGGUACUGGAAUUGUUAUCUACCAAUUGUUUGCUAAUGUUGCUCAGUUCUUCAACACUUAUGUCAAUCCUAUUGCGAUGGAAGCAAUUGAAUGGAGAUACUAUAUUGUUUGGUGCAUUUGGUUAGUGGUGCAGAUUGCAAUUGUCUACUUCUUCUUCCCUGAAACAUACGGCUUGGCCUUAGAGGAAAUAGCUGUCGUGUUUGGUGAUGAGAUUGGAGACAUCAAAGAAGCUGGUCACAGAGCAGUUGAGGGUGGCCAAGUCUUUGAAGAAAAACCAGUAGUCAGCACCGAAGAAGAUGUUACGAGGACCAGGAGCAAGAGCUAAAACACAAGAGGGUAUCGAGCUGGAAAUGUGACGCUUCAUCAUUCUCAACCUCUCUAAUAAGCUUUACA